GGCUGGCUGUACGCAUGAUGGAGGUUCAGUCAAGCACAAGCAGCCAUUGGAACUAGAUAAGCUGUUUGUUGACAUUAUUUAGUUUUUUUUUUUCUUUGGAGGGUCUUUAUUUGUGGUAAAGUGUCCUAUUUGUCAUAUUUUUUUGAACUUGUCUUUACUGGUUCGAUAUGGAGAUGAAGAAGAGAAUCAGUUUGGAAUUAAGAAACAGAAAUCCUUCAGAGGUGUCAGAUCUAGUGGUUGAUAACUGUCGUUCUAGUGAUGGAGAAGUUGAAGGUCUCACAGAGGAUUUUAAAGAUUUACAGUUUCUUAGCAUGAUAAAUGUAGGCCUAACUUCAUUGGCAAAGCUGCCCACUUUCAGUAAACUUAGAAAGUUGGAGCUGAGUGACAAUAACAUUUCAGGAGGAUUGGAGACUCUAGCCGAAAAGUGUCCUAACUUGACUGAAUUGAAUUUAAGUGGAAACAAGAUCAAGGAUUUGAGUACAGUGGAAGCUUUGAAAAAUCUUAAAAACCUCAAGAGCCUGGACUUUCUCAAUUGUGAGAUUGCAAAUCUUGCAGAUUACAGAGAAGUUAUGUUUAAAUUGCUGCCUCAAAUUAUAUACUUGGAUGGUUUCGACCAAGAAGAUAAUGAAGCACCAGAUUCUGAAGCAGAAGCUGAUUGCAAUGAAGAUGGUGGUGCUGGCCCUACUGGAGAUUAUGAAGAAGAUGAAGAGGAGGAAGAGGAUGUUUCUGAUGGUGAAGAAGAAGAAGAAAUUGGUCUCUCUUACCUCAUGAAAUCAGAAAUACUUCAGGAUGAAGAAGAUGAUGAAGACUAUGUUGAAGAGGACGAGGAAGAUGAUGAGGAUGUAGAUGAAGAUGAUGACAUAGUUCAUGGAGAAAAGAGGAAACGAGAUCCAGAAGAUGAUGGAGAUGAAGAUGAUUAAUUCUUACAGAUUAAUCAGUAGAAAAGUGUACAAUGUUCCUCAUUCCCCAUAUACAGGAAUUAUACAACAACUCAUUUUUUUCAACUUUUUCAUACAUACGACUGUUUUUGUGUUGGUACAUAUUUGCAGACAAAUACUGCAUAAUCUUUUCUAUUAAUGGCUAGUUUAAAAUCAUUCCAAGUCAAUCUUGUUUUCCUGUUUAAGUUAUUUUAUAAUAACUGUGGAUUGUGUUUUAUUAAGAAAAAAAGACGGGUGUUGUCUUGGUUGUCCAAAAUAUUCACAUAUCUCAUCUCAUCCUUCACCACUAAGCAGCUGUGAAUUUCUACUUAACUGGU